AUGCCCGGCGCUUUAAAUCCCUCACCCAAGUCUAGGGGUGAUGUGCGCACCAUUACACAGCAUCAGGUUCUGUUUGCUAUGGCCCAGCGAGCAAAGCCACAAAGACGGGUACGGCGGAAGCUUGACCCUCAGGCUUCCUCAUCCAGUACUUCCUCGAGCCGGGUAUCGGACGAAGAUCACGUUCAGCUGCGACACUGUUCACGGCUUGAGCAAAGUCUCCUUCCUGCCAGAAAGCUUCUACUAUGCCUCGACUAUGGAACGACCUUGACUUCCAUCUCAUAUAUCACCUUCGAUCCCAGUGACCCUCCCAGAGACGUCCAUCCAAGGGGCAUUCGAUGCAUUGCAAACUGGCCGCGGGCCAGUCGAUUCGUCCACCCAGGGAGUCCAUUCGUGCCCAGUGAAAGCUGGUAUCGUGAUGGGAAAUUCCUGUGGGGCCAUGAGGUGCAAUAUACACUACAUAAUCUAUCAGAAAGUGACGAUACAGAGUCGAUAAACUGCAUCGUUCAACUCCCGAAGCUGUUACUUGACGAUGACGGGGAGGACCCGGACAAUGACCAGCUAACACAGCCGAGGGAGGCACUCCAUAAUGUAGGUAAAACUGCCAGGGACGCUAUUCGGGACUAUCUUAUGAAAGUCUUCAAGCAUACCCGUGGUCAGCUGGUGCAGAGGGAGGGUUUCAAUAGCACUUGGGAGGUCGAGCUAGCACUCUGCGUGCCAUCUAAGUGGUCAACGUAUGCACAGCUCACAAUGCAGGAAAUUAUGCUUGAGGUAGUGGACAGAACGGACAUGAGAGGGAGGGACUUCUCCAUGUUUAUCAUUGAUGAACCCGAGGCUGCAGUGACCUUUGCACUGCGGCACGAGAAUAUCCAAGAAAUUAUUGCAGAAGGGACCAACUUCGUUGUCUGCGAUGCUGGAGGUGGUACUGUCGAUGCGAUCACCUAUACGGUACGACAGGAGUAUCCAUUCAGAUUCGAUGAAAUAGCUAUGCCAGCCGGGAAGGACUGUGGUUCGAGCUAUAUCAACCAGGCUUUUAUUGAAGAGUCUAGAGAAAGACUAGCACACGUUAUUGAACUGGGCAGGGAGCCCAUCUAUUCCAAGGAAGCAGUCAUGCAAGAAGACUUGUUUCGAAAGUUCGAGCACGAGCAAAAGCGAAUCUACGACCCGGAUGACUGGGAGGAGGGAGAGAACAUUAGUCUGCGCAUUUUUGGGUUAAGGGAAGACCCGACGAGGAAUUUUGGAACUGGGAUGUUCUACAUCAAAAAGGACCAAAUGAAUACCUACUUCAGGCGAAGCUUGGAUGGAACUGUCGCUUUGAUCGACGAACAGCUGAAGCAACUUGAUGGCCAAAAGAUCAAGGCAAUUCUCCUAGUUGGUGGAUUUUCUCAAUCGCCGGCUUUGAAGCGUUGCCUCAACGACGCUUUCGGCCGAGGUGGACUUGAAGUAAUCCAUCUGCAUCAGGACAUAGACAUGACUACCGCAGUAUCCCGGGGCGGCGUUCUUCGUGCGCUAAAUAAGGAGAACGGCCCACGCCGGAAGCUCAGGCUGAAUCUCGGAGUACGUGUCAGUGAGCCAUACAAUGAGAGGUUUAAGGGACAUAAAAGUGCCCGUUGGUCUCGUCACCACCUAAAUGGAAAGAAGUAUGUAAAAGAUUGCAUGGACUGGGUUAUUAGGAAGGACCAAAUUCUCAACGAAGGAGAGUCUACUGAAAUUUAUAUGCAUCGAGCAUUUGAACCAGGAGAGGACAUGACCGUUUAUGAAACUUUGUAUUUCUCAGACCGGCCGGUCCACCAACAUUACCACAUGGAUGACGACAAGAACUCUGGCCAUCGUAAAGCGGGAUUCGUGGAGGCAUCUCUUGAAGCUCUCCAAACGGGGAAUAUGCUAGAGAAGAGAAUUAACGAUGAAGGAGAUGUGUACUAUGAAGUCCAUUAUAGUAUCAAACUGGAAGUGAAUGGCCGCAAUAUCAAGGCAACAAUCCAUUGCCCUCCGGGAAAAGAGGUCCAAGGUCAAGCACAAAUUUGCAUUGCGGCUGCCUUUAGACCUGGGACGAAGUGA